AUGAUAGGGAAUAAAACUUCAUCUAAGUUAAAUAGUGUAAAUUUAGUUGAUUUUAUAAAUCCAAAUUUAUUACAUCCACCUUCAAGAAAAAUAUAGCUUAUAGAACAAGUUAAAACAAUAAAGUUACUAAAGGGUUAUAGAAAAAUUCCUUAGAUGUUUACAGAAUUUCAAUCUCCAAUAAUUGUGAAUAGUUUAAGAACAAAAAAUGAAUCUUAAUGUUCAUUAUAAUAGUCGUAAUAAAUUCAUGAUAAGGACAGAUAAAUAAAUAAAAUUGAGAAUGAAAUUUCUAAUAAAACUAGAUAAAAUAAUGCAUAAAAUAGUUUACCACAAAUUCCUUUAGCAUUAAUUAAUAGCCAUAGUAAAUUAAAUGAUCUAAAUCGUAUUAAUAAUAUUAUUUAAUCACCAUAAACUAGUGAUACUAAAAGAUCAUUAAUACCUCAGAAAUUAAAAUCAAGUAGUAUUGUGUCAAAUAAAAAUUAUACUUGUAACUCUACUACGACAGGAAGUAGUAAAGAUUCUAGUUCUUAAAUAGGAAAUUCAUAAUAGCAUAAUAUUGCUAAGAAUAUCAUAUAUUCUUAUAGUGGUUCACCUAGAAAAAGAAAGUUAAAUGUAACUGCUAAAAGUUUUAUUGUUUAUGAUUGUAUUGAGCAUAAAACAAUUCUUAAAAGAAAAAGUAAUAAGAAAGUUGAAGUAGCUAGUUUAACUAAAAUAAUGACUUUUUAUGUAACUUUAUUAACAGCAGAAUUGUUUAAUCUAAAAUUAAAAGAAAUAAAUAUUAAGGUAACUAAGCAAGCAUCAGAGACAAUUGGUACAAGUGCUGAAUUAAAAUAUAAUGAUAUUUUAUCAAUAGAGGAUUUACUUUAUGGAUUAAUGUUACCUUCAGGAAAUGAUGCUGCAGUUCUUAUUGCAUAAGCAAUUGGAACUAUUAUGUAAAAAUAAUAUAUCUAUUGACUUGAUUAGAUUAUUUAAUUAAUAAAACAAGAAAUUAGAUCUUAAAUUAAUUGAUAUAGAGUAACUAAGUGCAGAAGGAUAUUAUUAUAACCAUGAAUUUAGAUUCUAAUAUUGUCCAAUUGAGGUUUUCAUCAAAUAUAUGAACUAAUAUUCUCAAAAAAUAGGAUAAUUAAACACUUAAUUUGCUUGUGUACAUGGUUUAUCUAAUGAAGAAAAUGUAAAAUAAAGGAAAUAAAUUAGUAUUCUUGUUGCAACGAUAUCAUAAUUCUAUCAAUAGAAUGCUUAAAGUAUGAAUUAUUUUAGACAGUAAUUUCAUGUAAAGAAUAUGUACUUAAGACACCUCAAAAAUAAUAUGAAUGGAAAAAUACAAAUAAAUUAUUAGAAAAAGGAUUCUUUGGAAUUAAAACUGGAAUUACUGAUUCUGCUGGACCUUGUUUAGCAAGUGCAUAUCGUUCUAAUGAAAUGGAUUAUUAUAUUAUUGUUGUUUUGAAUUGUAAAAAUUUAAACAUGAGAUUUGAUGAUAGCAUAAUUUUAUUAUAACAUGCAAAAUAAAAAAAAAUGAUGGCUUCAAUUGCAUACUGA